CGACCACUCAUCGACGGUCGCAAAAAUCAAUGGUGAGUGCUAUUUUCCUUCGAGGCUCUCAGAAUCCAUGCAGCGGAUCUGUUCAACCCGUGUUAUGGCCAAGGCAAAAGCACCCCCUCCGUCGAGUGGCGGCAAAGCAGCGAAGAAAAAGAAGUGGUCUAAAGGAAAGGUCAAGGACAAGGCCCAGCACGCUGUCGCUCUUGACAAGGCCACAUACGACCGCAUCAUCAAGGAAGUGCCGACCUUCCGAUUCAUCAGCCAGAGUAUCCUCAUCGAGCGGCUGAAGAUCAAUGGUAGUCUCGCCCGAGUUGCUAUCAGACAUCUAGAGAAGGAUGGUCAGAUCAAGCGGAUUGUGCACCACUCGUCACAGCUGGUCUACACACGAUCAACGACAGCAUCGGAUUAGAUUCGUUAUUUGUUUUCGUAUCAUUCCCAUGCCUCUAUGUAUUACACGCACAAUCAAAAUCCAUGCUGCCUGACCUCCGUCGUCUGAGAGAGAUUUACGUUUACAUCUUAGAAACAUUUAUAUUUACACUGAGGUUGGUCGCGGACCAGACGGAAUCGCUGAUCAUAUUAGCCUAGGUGUAAGGAGUACGUUGCGAGUUCGUUACUGCACUUGUGGUUAAUAAAAUGCAG